GAGAGGGCCUUGCCAAGACAGCCACUGGCAAGCAAGUCAGUUACUCAGAAUGGCUUCCGAAACCCCCUGGGAAACCACCAGGCAACGGAGCCUCAGGAAUGGCUUCGGAAACCACCUGGCAAGGGAGCCUGCCUGGCAACAGGCGGUGAUUGGUUACGGCGUAAACCGCCCCUUGACUGGAUUGGCUGCCUCGGCUCUAGUAGCUGUUGUACCAACUGAAAUAAAGGAGUCUGUGGGCUGCUCGUCUCUGGCGCGCUUUCACCGGACUCCCGGGGUCUAUGUGGUGACUCCGUGCCUCUUGCCCCCACCGUGCUCCUCCUUUAAGAACGAAACCACAGCAACAGCCAUUCUCUGCUUCCCACCCUCUACCCGGGAGCGGCCCGGGAGCCUCAGUCCUUGCUGCUCUGUGGACUUCCCUCUCUUCACGAUCCUCAGGAGGACGCCCGCAGGCCUCAGAAACGGAGAAUGGGAUAAUUCUACGGACUGCUUCGUGUUUCCAAAAGCAAAGAAAAUGAAUACACCUUCAGUGUUGGUGUCAUUUGAAGACCUGGCUGUGGACUUCACCCAGGAGGAGUGGCAGGACCUAGACAAUGCUCAGAAGACCCUAUAUAAGGAUGUGAUGCUGGAGACCUACAGCAGCUUGCUAUCCUUGGGGCACUGCAUUAUCAAACCAGACUUGAUCUACAAAUUGGAGCAAGGAGCAGAGCCAUGGAUAGUGGAAAAAUCCCUAAAGCAGAGCCUCCCAGUUGUCCAGAAAAUGAGUGACCUGAUUGAGUCCAACCAGGAAAGUCAAGACAUAAAUUUGGGACAAAUUGCAAUCAGAAAAAACACAUCAACUCAAGAGAGACUCGAAUUAAGAAAAACAGUUAAUUUAAGCUCAAGCCAUAUUCCAAAACUAAUUACAAAAAUAAAUUGUUCAGGAACGAAAGCUGAAGCAAGCAGUGCAUUUCAGAAUAUGCAUUUCACUAGUGGGCUGGAUGAGAUGCAAGUACAAGAGAAAUCUGAUGGCUGUAAUACACCCACGACAGCCCUCUCACACUGGGAGCAACUGAGACAGCAUCACGAGAUUCAGACUGUGCAGCAGCCUUUUGAACAGAGUGGACAAUGGAAAGCUUUCAAUAGGAGGAUGCUAUUGUUUGCAUGUGAAGAGGCUUAUGGAGGAAAGACCUGUAGUAAUUCAACUGUCAUUGUAGGAAAGACCACACAGAUAGAAAAUAAAGCUAUCCAUGAAAAUUCUAAUGUCACUGAACAACAGCAAUCACAUAUGGAAGAGAAACCAUAUGAAUAUGUUGAGGAAACUCUCACUUACAUGUCAGAUCUUACAAUAAGUCAGAGACCACAAACAAGGAGAAGACCCUAUGAAUGUAAAUGCCACCAGGAAUCUUUCAAUUGUAAAUUAUGCCUUACCAUCCAUCACAGAACUCAUGUAGGGGAAAAGUCCUGUGGGUAUAAUGAAUGUGGAAAAGUGAAUUAUCAAAAGUCAGACUUAGUUAGAAAUCAAAGAAUUCAGACAGAUGAGAAAUCUUAUGAAUGUGGAAGAACCUUUCACCAGAAGUUAGGCCUCAUUAAGCUUCAGAAAAUUCACACAAGGGAGAAAGCCUAUGAAUGUGAUGAAUGUGGAAAAGCCUUUCACCUGAAGUCACACCUCAUUAGACAUCAGAGAAUACACACAGGGAGAAAACCUUAUGAGUGUGAUGAAUGUGGAAAAGCCUUUCGCCAGCGGCCACACCUUAUUACCCAUCAGCGAAUACACACAGGGGGGAAACCUUAUGAAUGUGAUGAAUGUGGAAAAGCCUUUCGCCAGACAUCGAACCUUGUUACCCAUCAAAGAAUACACACAGGGUGGAAACCUUACGAAUGUGAUGAGUGUGGAAAAGCCUUUCGUCAGAAGUCAAGCCUCAUCACACAUCAGAGAAUACACACAGGUGGGAAACCUUACAAAUGUGAUGAGUGUGGAGAAGCAUUUCGUCAGAAGUCACAUCUCAUUACACAUCAGAGAAUGCACACAGGCGGAAAACGCUAUGAAUGUAAUGACUGUGAAAAAACAUUUUCCUGGAAUUCAAGCCUCAUUAUACAUCAGAGGAUUCACACUGGGGAGAAACCUUAUGAAUGCAAUGAAUGUGAAAAAGCCUAUCACUGGAAAUCAGACCUGAUUACACAUCAGAGGAUUCACACAGGGGAGAGGCCUUAUGAAUGUAAUAAAUGUGGAAAAUCCUUUCAUCAUAAGUCCUCCUUCAUUAAACAUCAGAGGAUUCAUACAGGGGAUAAACCUUAUGAAUGCAAUAAAUGUGGAAAAGCCUUUCACCAGAAGUCAGACCUCAUUAAACAUCAGCGUAUUCACACAGGGGAGAAACCUUAUGUAUGUAUUAUAUGUGGAAAAGCCUUUUCGCGGAAAUCAGACCUUGUUAAACAUCAAAGGAUUCAUACAGGGGAGAAGCCUUUUGAAUGUAAUACAUGUGGAAAAGCCUUUUGCCAUAAGUCAUACCUCAGUUUGCAUCAGAGAGUUCAUACAGGGGAGAAACCUUAUGCAUGUAGUGAAUGUGGAAGAACAUUUUCCCAGAAGUCAAGCCUCAAUAAGCAUCAUAGAAUUCACACAUAAGAGGAACCUAUUUAAUGCAGUGAAUGUGAGAAAACCUUAGGGCAUAAGUUAAAUCUUAACAGACAUUACAGGACUCAUGCAGAGAAAAACAAUACCUAUCAGCAUGAUGAAUGCGAAAGCUCAUUUUGCUAGAACCCUGAUUUCAGCACAAAGACCUCGCAGAUGACAAAGCAUAUAUAUGUGGACAAACUUUCUACCAUAAAUCUCUCAAUGUCUACCAAAGAACUCAGAAAGACCUUAUAAAUGUAAUGGAAGUGGAAUCACCUUUUACUAUAAAUUCAAACUUCAACAAGCAUCAGCAAAAUUUUACUGUAUAAAAACUGAUAGCAUAGGGUAUGUGGGAAAACCCUUUCUGGAAGUCACACAUCAGCAGGGUUUAGGGAAUUCACAUGAGGGUGUAAUCCUGUAUGAUAGAGAUGGGCUCUGUGUUGUUUAUUUUCUUCUCUUUGAUACACAAUCUGCAUUUUUUUCCCUCACUUUUUGUAAGACAAAUUCUGCUUUCACAUGUGAAUUUUGUUAACAAAUAUUCAGUCUAUAACAUUCAGUUAUCUGAAAUACCAUCUGUAUCACUUAUAAAGUUAUUGUUUGGUGUA